CCCAACCCCGCUCACUCCAGAGCUAGAGCCUCCCUCUCACUCUCUCACACUCACAAAUCUGCCACUGCCCACCGCCACCGCACGGUUGCUUCCACAUCGCCGACUCUUCUGCAUCUCGUCCCGGCUCCUGUGCAUCUCCGGCACUGCGUCGUUGCCUCCGUCCGUGGCUUGUCUUCAUUGUGUCGUCGCAUCUCCUUGCUCCUGUGCCGCUGUGCGUCUAUCAUCGUCGUCGUCGCCGUCGCGUCCUCAUCUGGUGGGGCUCGCGUCGCUGCUGCCUCCCCCCCUAGUCUUUGCAUCGCCGUGCUUGGUCUCCCUCUUCUCCCCCGCAUUCUGCCUUCACAUCAUCAGAAGCGAAUCAAUCGAUUCAAUUAGUGAUUCACCCGAUUAAACUAGUAAUCUAAUGAUCCAAAAACAUGACCGAUUCAAUCGCCGUUCAGUUUUAAAGCCUAAACCCUCCCACUCUCGGUCGGUUAGUCUCCCAUAAGGCCGUAAGAGUGAUAACUGAUAAGACAGUUGGCCAAGCUUUUAACGAUAAAAUAGAUUUUCCGCUUACAAAGCUGAACUUUCAUACCACACAGGCACACACAACCAAAUUAACAUACCAAUAAUUAAAAGCCAAAUCAAAUUAAAUCAAAUCCCUGCUCAGUCUCUUCUGUUAUCCUACUUUCCGUCCAUCACACACCAAACUUUUCAGGCAGCCCCACCGCCACCACCACCAAUGGACGAGUCUCCACCGCCACCGCCACCUCCACCUCCUCCUAUGACCCUGGACGGAGUUGAAAACGACGCCGUUUUUGCCAAGACACUUGUGCUGAGUAAACGCGAGGUAACCGCUCGUCGGCUCCGCCGAACGAGGCAACUCAGACGGUGCUACAGAGGGCACUAUUGGGCUCUAAUGGAAGAGAUCAAGUCCAAGUAUAAGGAGUAUUAUUGGACCUACGGUAAGAGCCCCUUCAAGGAAACUAGCGGCGUAAACGACGCUGUCGUUUUGGGCGACGAGAGCAAUAACAACGCAAUCGGCGGCAAUGAGAGGAACAAUAAUGCCGUUUUGGGAGUUGGAGGAGACGACAUUGUUCGGUGCGCUUUUGGUGGAUGUAAGAUUAAGGCUAUGGCGCUUACUCGGUACUGUCACGCUCACAUACUUUCGGAUCCGAAACAGAAGCUCUAUCGGGGAUGCAGAACCGUCGCUAAAAAUUUGCCAACAGGGCCUUCAUAUUGUAAUAAACCAGUGUUGAGGUCUGUGGUUCCUGCUGCUUGCACAACUCAUUACCAAUUAGGUGAAAAGUGUCUUCUUCGUGCUGUAAAAAGGGCAGGCUAUAAUGUCCCAAUUAAUCGUAAGCCUAAUGUGAGGUUACAUGUAGUAAUUAAUGAAUUUGUUCGCCAAAUCCAAAAUAAACGAGAAGUUGCACUGAAAGCAGGUGUAUCUAAAGUUGAGACUCAAUAAGAAACAAGGUUAAGUUUCUUAUUGUUUAGAAGAUGAUUGUUGUCUAAAGACAUUGCAUGGUGUUGGGCAUAUUCCAGUAUCUAGGAGAAAUUGGUUAAUGAUUUGGUGUUGAAUGACGAUCAAUAAGAAAUGUACUUAGAUGUCUGUACAUCAUAAGUAUUCCAGGUAUGUCAUUAGUUGUUUUUCUUUUCUUGUUUAGUCACAUACUUUGACCCUAUGAGCAGCAUUGCAAUAUUUCAAUUGUUGAUUGUUACUAAUAACCAGAAUUUCUUGACUUGGAUUAAGAA